AUGUUUCCCUAUCCCUACGCUUUUAGUGGGGUGCCUCCGCCGUUUGUGGCUCCAGCUCACCAGCAAACCGCACUGGCACCACAGCCGGUUGUUUACAACAUGCUGCCUCCUGUGAUGCCACCAACUCCACCCGUGGCACCCCCACCAGUUCAGACUGGUCAUCAGGGAGCCUAUAAUCAGCCGAACUUUCCUGGCCCGCUCCCCGGGCGCUGGGGUCCUGACGUUGACCAACAAAGGGGACCCCCAGGCCCCCCAAACCAGUACUACCAGACCCCAGCCCCCAUGGACUUCCGCGAACAGCAACCUUACCCCGAAUGGGGAAGGUAUGAGACGCAUAUGGAAGCCCCACAGCGCCAGUAUCCUCCGCGACAGUUUGGAGACCACCCCACCAGUGGACGCGGUGGCCCAAACCGCGGUUUACGCCCUAACCAGCCCGGUUACCGCCCCCCUAACCGAAAACCGUACGACCAUCCCGGCCAACCAGCAUCACGCAGCGAACGAAGGCCGCCUGGUCCGGCAACAGUCCUGCGGCAAAUCACCAUGCCAUUCUUCCACAACGCUGACGGCUUGGCGGUGCAACUUUGCGUCAGCACCGCCAAGGGCCAGCAGUGCCACACCCCAUCGUGCGCCCAUUCGCACGAGCCAAAGGAGCGCCGCCCCUGUAUGCUGUUUCACAGCAAAACCGGAAAGUGCACGGACGGGGACCGGUGCCUGCUAGGGCACCGAGAGGCGAAGGACACGUGGCUCGUGUCCAAGGCCGUCAAGCGGACCCGCGCCAUCAACACCGAAUAUGCGCCGGCCACUGGAGGCGCAGCCGCGACACAGCUCCACGUGGCUCCUACACCACCCGCACCUGUACACGUGGCACCCGCAGCCGCGGUCGCGGCCGCGGGCGCGGCCGCGCCACCAGCCACUGUACCCGCAGUCGUUCCGCAGCACCCAGGCGAGGCGGCCGCGGCGGCAGUCCCGGCCGUCGAUUUCCAAGAGCUAGCCCGUCGGAACGAGCUGACUGGGGCUAAGGAUGAGGUCGCUCGCCUCACGCAGAUCACCGAAGAACUCAAGAACGAGUUCAAGACCCAAAGUGCGCAGCUUCUCACGCUGCAAGGUCACUUGGGCACGAUGGAAGCUGAGAACAAAACCCUCCGAGAGGAGAAUGAACGUGGCAAGCCCUCUAGCGACUUUACAAAGAAGAAAGAUGUCAUUCGGCUCUUGCACAGUUGUGAGCGCUCAUAG